UGAAGCAACAGGUUUCAACAGAGAUGCUAGAUACCAUGUCAGCAUGCUGCCAGUGUGCCGAGGAGAGGAGUCUGCAGCAGGUGCAGUUUUUGGAUGGCCUGAUGUCACCAGCAUUUCAAUGUAUCAAGGCCACCUACAACCACUGCCAGGAGAGCUCACAGCUGUAUGGCUCCAUGCUGGAGUCUGUCAAUGGCCCCCUGACCAGGCUGUUCCGGGCUGCCACGAGUCUGCAGAAUGCUCUUCACCGACUGGCUGAUGUCAUUGUCUCAGCUGAUAGCAGUCAUCAGGACCAACAGGCUGUCACCUUGCUGACAACAGUGUGUGACGAUGUUGCGGAGACGGGUCGCCAGCUGACCCAGCUGGACACCCGCGCCAUGGCCGAGGCCUGGAAGUGCUACCUGCGCCUGCUGCAGCGGCUGCCGGACCUCCUGCCGCCCGCCGUCCGGCUGGGGGACGCGCUGACCUACAUGGCCGCGGAGGUGGCCUCGCAACUGGCCACGGUCAGGGAGCGUGGUCGGGAUAAGACCUUCGCCCCGAGCUCUGACAAGCGUCUGGCGCGCGCCGUGAAAAUGUGCAGCUUCUACCUGAAGCUGGUGGUCGGCCUGUCGGAGAGCUACGUCAGCUCCGUCGGCGGCGCGCUCACCAGCCUCGUCCGACUCGUGCUCACUCUGAUCAGGUUCUCUGCACCGGACAGUCACGUGGCCGACGUGGACCCGUCCGUUCUCGGUCAGCUGAGCAGUCAGCUGACGGUGGCCGCCGAACCGCUGCUCGACUGUCUGAUGGAACAUCAGGGCUUCCCGCAGUCGUUCUGGUCGGCUCUAUCUGACUCUGAGGACCUUGGAGGCCUGUGUCGGCUGCGCUGCUGCCUGAUCCUGAUCCGCCGCACCUGCCACCUGGCGGCGCCGGCGCGAGCUAGCUGGACCUCUGAGGGGGUGGGCGAGCGCCAUCUGAUAGCGGCGGUGCUCCGGCUCAUGCCUCUGUGUGACCGGGAGCUGACGUGCUGCCUCCAGCUGGACUGCGACGGCCAGGGCCGGCCACAGGUCAGCCUGUACCAACUCACACUCUCCACCGUCUGCGCCCUGGCCGGCAGCCUGUCGGCGGCGGAGCUGCGCGCCGCGGAGCUGCAUCUGUGGCGCCACCUGUGUCGCGGAGACGGCUGGGCGUCACUGCUCGCCGCCGAUACGCUCUGCUUCAUCGCCAGGUACGGCCCGGCGGCGCUGUGCCGCUCCUACUGUGACGCGGCGGCCGGAGCGCUCUCCCGGCGCCGCUGUCCGCCGCUGCGCCGCCUCCUGUGCCGGCUGGUACCUCUGCUCGCCGCCGAGGACCGGGAUCAGCUGCUGCGCCGGCCGGCGGCCGCCUCCCUCCUGCACCCGGCCUGUCCGCCAGCGCUGCUCGAGUCGGCCCUGACCGCCGCUGAGGAGGGGACCGAACAGCUGACUGGGAGACCGGGACGGCGGACCGCCGCACAGGUCACUGCGCUGUCGGACUCGCUGUUCGCCUGCGGCACCGCCCUGUCCGCCCCGCCGACGGCCGCCGGUCUGCCAUCCCGCCUACUGACGCUGCUGGAGCGGCUGUGGGCGGCGGUGCCGACCCGUCUGACCGGUCCAGCAGGCUCCCGACUGGCCUGUGGCCUGCUGCGGGCCUCAGCCGCCCUGCCGGCCGACUCUCCGCUCAGCGACCAGCAGCUGACGCAGGUCCUCUCCAUCUGCUCCGGCUGGCUGCCCGAGUGCAGUGUGCCGGUGAAACUGGGCGUCAUCGGCCUCUUGGGCGGCAUCAAAGCUCGACAGUUUCCGUCUGUGAAAGGCGACGAUGGUCCAAAACACUACAUUCCAACUCUGUACCGGAGUCUACUGACCGACCCCAGUCAGCUGGUCCGGCAGUGCGCCAUGGACGCGUUCGCCGCCUUCGCGUCACGUACGCCGCACGCCGCUCUGAUCUCGGCGGCGGUGGCGGCGCCGGCCGGCCUCCAGGGGACGGCCAGUGGCCACCUGCAGCGGCUGGCGGCCCGGCGGCGCGGCCCGGCCGCCCUGUCAGCCGCCCUGGCCCGGGCCGGGGUCAGCUCGGCCGCGGCGGCCGCUGUGCCGGAGAUGCUCCCGCGGGUGGGGCCGCUGACGGACUCUGAGGGUGCCGGGAGCGGCGGUGAGGGACCGAUGGAUUCAGAGGACGGUCUGCCGGUGACGGACGGCCCGGCGGCCCGUCUGACGAACGGUACCGGCGGGGACGGCUCGGGUCGGUCGCCGCCGGGGGAGGGCUCGCUCCCCCCGCGGGAGGCGCAGCUACUGGACGGUAUCCAGCGGCGACUGGCCGCGCUGAGACGCGACUGGCGGCAGGGCGGCGCGGCGGCUGACAGCGGCCGGCUCCUCCGACUGCUGACAGACAUACAGACCCGCCUGGACGCCGGGUGACCGCCGGGCGGGACGGCAGGCGCAGGAUGGUCCUGACUGGCGAGAGCCGGUGAAUCGGGACCCCGGAUUGCCAACACCGGUCAGUGAAGAGGGUGG